GUUAAUAGACGUGGAUAAUCAAGGGACAGUGGCAGGAGGCGAGAUGGCAGCGGCCAAAGUGGACGCGAAGGUAAUGUUUUAAAACGAUUAGAGGCUUCUCUAUUUAAUUUAUCGAGUUUCCCGUCGACGACAGGCUUCGGAUUCGUGAGUUAAAUGUGACUUUAGCUAGGCUACGCGCUGUCCGCGAAAGCUUCCCCUGUUAGCUUGUCUGCUACUGCUAGCGGCUGCCCGUUGACAAACUAACACUAGAGAGGAUGAAUUUAGCUCAGAACACCAGCCUACACUCACACCUCCGAGACGAGGAGGCGCUGGUGGUGGAGAACGCCAUCCGGCUAGCCGUGGACUCCAUCUUAAACGUGCUUUACGGCGUCAACAGCAGCCGCAGCCGGGAGUACCAGAGGAUGGUGGCCGACAGGGACAAAGAGAUCCAGCGGCUCGAGGGCAGGCUGCGCGAGAUGGAGCGCGAGGCGCACGCCUUGCGCCGGUGUGGCGGCUGCGCGUGCACGCUGCUCUCCGGGAGCGAGCGUGACCAGGUCAUCUCACCGGGCACAGGCGAGCCACAGGCCGGGGAGAGGGCCGAUGGUGGGGCCACAGAGCCGGAAGCCGGGCAGCAGGAGCAGCAGCACUGUGAACUCAGUUUGUCCUUGGGCCUCUUUGCCAGCCCACCUUCACACGUGCCGCCCCAGAGCCAGGAGGCGUCAGCAGCUCUCCCCUUUGCUCCCGUCAGCCAACUCGGCCCAGACCCGGAUUUGGCAGACCACUCGGGUGCGUCAGAGGACUCCAGGAAGUCGCCCUCGCCUUCUUCCAGCGGCGUGGCCGUCAAAGAGGAGCCGUGCGACAUCGACUCUGUGCUCAUCAAGUGGGAGAUGAGCGAGGAGAGAUUUAGGGAGCACCAGGAGCGAGACAGCAGUCUUUGCUGGGAUGAAGACCAAUUGGAGCGUAUGGAUGGGAUGAACUACGGUGAAGUGGAUGCAGUCGCACACCGGAUGACAGAGGCAGAGCAACUGAGUAACAGAAAGAAGCGAGUUUCCAUGGCGGAGCUAUCAGAGGAGGCACAGAGGCUGAAGAGGGCAGCGUGGAGAGCGGCCUCGAGGCGAUACUACGCCCGCAAAGUGGCCCGCCAGCAGUCGCUCCUGGGUCGCCCCAGCCCCUUCCACCACCAGACGGCCCCCCACUACUCCCCCUCUUCCUCCUCUUCGCAUUGCCUCGCCUUCGGGAGCAAAAGGAAGCGGGCACCAAUAUCCACGUUACCUCAGGAGUCGCAGGCCCAGCAGAGGGAGGCGUGGAGAGCCUCCUCAAAGAGGUACUACUAUGCACGGAAAAUGGCUCUGCACCAGACGGGCCCCUCGCAGUACCCUGUGCAGCACACAGAGCCUCCAGGAGAAGCACAGGAUGGCGGGGACUCGUACGCUGACAGCGGAGGACUGGGAGGAAUUUUGUGUAGUUGAUACAAGACCAAGGGUGUUUAUGCGCUGUAAGGUACAAUAUUUAUUUGUGAUGGUUCCAGAAUGGUUGAUGGUUGACGUGCACUAAUGAGGAGCCUUAUCACCUCUUCCUACUGCAGUGAACACCUGUCCAAAUACCUUUCCCUAAUGAUAACAAUUGAGGCUGUUGUUUGUCCUCACUCACUGGCACUGCAGCGCCCCCAGCAUGCAUCAGCUGCAAUUACAGCUGAGGCCAACUGACUUUUGAGCUCAACUUCUUUGUUUUGGUGGUGCUAUAAAAGUGUGUUGAAUAAAAAUAUGUCAUUAAAUACA